AAGCUUUGAGAAACUCUAAUCGCUGCUCCUCUUUUCUCCUCCUCCCCUGGCCGGCAAACCAUACCAGCGCGUCUAUACACGACAAACGCCAAGAGCUCACCGGCGACCUCGACUCUAACACCACCGAGACAAGUACACCUCACCGCCGACGACUCGACUUCAACACCACCCUCACAGUCUGCUUCGCCUAUACCUCGAUCUACUUUAACGAAGAACGAGCAUCCUCACGUGUUACUGCUUCUUCGAUCUGUGGUACCUCAACUUCAUCGACACCACCAUCACCGGCGACCUCGAGUACUUCGACACCGUCCUCACCGACGACCUCGACUUCUUCUUCGAAAACACUCUCUCGUUGGCGACCUCGACUUAUUCUUGGAUAACACCCUCGUCGGCAACCUCGACUUCUUCUUCGACAACACCCUCAAUGGCGAUCUAGACUUCUUCUUGGGCAACACCCUAACCGGCGAUCUCGACUUCUUCUUGGACAAUACUCUCACCGGUGAUCUCGACUUCUUUAGCAACCACCUGAUCACUGCUUCUUCUUCGGCAACACCCUCACCGACGACCUCGACUUCUUCUCAACACGACAACACCCUCACCGGCGACCUUGACUUCUUCUAGAACAACACCCUCACCGGCGACCUCGAUCGACUUCUUCGGCAACAUCCUCACAGGCGACCUCAACUUCUUCUUGGACAACACCCUGCCCGGCGACCUCGACUUCUUCAACACCAUCCUCACCGCGCGCGAGCAUCCUCAUCCUCACCGGCCGGGAGCGGGAUCCGCACGUAUUUCCGGCUGCUUCGAUCUUCAACAACAGAUCUCACAGGCGAUCCACAUAUAUGGUGCUCUCGGGCUGCUUCCGUUGCCUCAACCUCUCCAUUAACGGCUUCACGGAACUCUCUCCAACGGCAACCGUCUGAAUCGAUCUCAGUACACAACCAUGCAGGUUGAUGCACGCUGCCGGCCAGGCCCCCGCUACCACCGGCCUGAGUGUGAGCCCUUUUCUGCCGGCAGCGCCCGUGCAGCUAGUCCGGCUGAGGAAGCUGUUGUACCUGCAGGCGUCAGGUACGGUGCUUGCCGCCGCCGGCGAGGUCUCCGACGGCCUGUUGACAAGCUUCGUAUUACUCAUGGCACUACUUUGCUGUGCUGGCGUUGUCGGCAUCUGUGUCCUGGGGUGGCUGCUGUUCUGGCGCCGCAAGGCCGUGACCUCCCUCGAGUUCGAUGACCAGGAAGUACUUGACAACCUUUCCGACAACAAUAUAAUUGGUCGCAGUGAGACAGGAGACCAACUGUACCGGGUCCGUCUUCAGGACAGCAAUGGCAGCGGGCGCUUCAGGUUGGUAACCGUGAAGAAGUUGGAGAACGAGAUAGGAACGGUGGAUGACAAUCUUAAGAACCGAUGCCAGUCCGAGGUAAACAAGCUGGGCGUCAUCCGUCACGACAACAUCAUCAGCCUUGUCCACUGUAUCGAGAGGGACGACAUGAUCCUGCUCUUAUACGAGCACAUGGAGAAUGGCAGGCUUGACGAAUGGCUGCUGCACUACCAGCCCCUGGACCUGGAAGCCAGCGAGCGGCGGCGGCAUCGUCCGCCGCUGCGCUGGCGUGAACGGCGAGCCAUUGCCGUCGGCGUGGCCAAAGGACUCUUUCACUUGCACCAUGGAUGCAACAAACCUAUCAUCCACCGCAACAUCAAGCCGAGCAACAUCUUGCUCGACGGCGACCUCAAUGCCAAGAUCGCUGGUUUCGACCUGGCCCAGAUCAACCUUGCUGGACUGAGCCAGCCGUUGAGAAACUCGGAACUUCCGGCUGAUUCCUUUGGGUACACGGCUCCAGAAUAUGCGACGGUCGAGGUGAGUGAGAAGGUGGACGUGUACAGCUUUGGUGUGCUGCUGCUGGUCCUCGUUACGGGGAGACCAGCCAACACACCAGGAGCGCGCGGCCACUUGGCCACUUGGGCACGUGGACACCACGACGAACUGAUCGCUGCUGGGGAAUCCUACCAUGAAGCCUUGGGGAGAUCAGUCGACAUGGAUAUCCCGGAUCGGGCCAGGCAGUACUUGAAGGAGAUGGCUGCCGUGUUCAGGCUCGGUGUGGAUUGCACCGUCGCGGAUCCACAGCAGAGGCCGUCCAUGCAGACGGUUCUGAGCCGCCUCCAGAGGUCUUGGUGGCUGUGGGGACGACUGGGACAACAAUGCGUCAGCCUAUCGUGAUCAACUACUACCAUGCAUAUAUCUACCAACAGGUCGGGCCAGGCACCGAGGAUAUGUCUCCAAAAAGAAAAGUCCCGGCCGGGGAGUAGUUCACUAGUAUAGUAGUAAACUUAUUAUUAUCUCCCCGGCCCAACGUCCAAAAUCUAAAAAAAAGAAAAACAUUACUUAGGUAUAUAUGCCUUGACGCAAAAAAAAGGUAAUAGUCCGUGUGGUCUGUGAUUUCGUGUACAUGCAUGUACAUAUGUGCUUGCUCAAAAAAAAAAAACUUUAUGUAUUGCUAUAAUCUAUCUAUAUAUAUUAACCCUGCUAACUUUGUAUAUACAAUUGUUGUCGUAUACAUCAUGCAUGAUCUUUAUGUGUCGUUUACUUGUGCUUGUUUCUGCGUGAUGGAAUAGGGAGCAAGCACCAGUAUUUCUCGGAUCUCGAUACUUUGUUUGGUGGGUCAUGGGUGCACGCCUUGGACUUGAUAGAUCUUGACUUCAAUUGGACAUACACAAUUU